GUUUAUUCCCUUUGUCAUUUUUCAGAGAUUUUAGUGCAUCCGUGUUUAAGUUAAAGUUACCAAUGUUGGAUUUGAAAGUUGUUUCUCAGGCUGUAUUUUAAUGCUCUUCACUGUCUCUAAUUUAGAUCUAAUACGGUACAUAAAUGGAACAAGUAUGAGCGUUGAACGUCUGGCUGAUGUCCUUGCAGAAAAAACUGGGAGCAGCAGCUGGGUGGUGGUGUUCAAAGCCCUGGUUACGGUACAUCACCUCAUGGUGCAUGGAAAUGAGCGUUUUAUCCAACAUCUUGCAUCUAGAAACUCCUUGUUCACUUUACACAACUUCCUGGAUAAAAGUGCCAUAGAGGGUUAUACAAUGUCAACCUUCAUCAGACGAUAUAGCAGGUACUUGAAUGAGAAGUCACUUGCGUAUAGACUGAUUGCAUCUGACAUCACCAAAACCAAGAGAGGGGUGGAUGGUAUGAUGAGGACCAUGAAUACUAAAGAGCUACUAAACACGCUUCCAGUAAUUCAAAUCCAGUUUGAUGCUCUUCUUAAUUUUAAUGCAAAUCCCGAUGAACUGACCAAUGGAAUAAUACGUGCUGCUUUUAUGCUCCUGUUUAAAGAUUCUCUUCGGCUCUUUGCAGCUUAUAAUGACGGGAUCCUUAAUCUUCUAGACAAGUAUUUUGACAUGAGGAAGAGUCAGUGCAAAGAAAGUUUGGAUAUUUACAUCAAGUUCCUUGGAAGAAAGACCAAAUUGGCACAAUUCCUCAAAGUUGCAGAGCAGGUUGGAAUUGCCCAGAGAGACAUUCCGUAUCUUACUCAGACACCCCGCAGUUUACUUGAAGCACUACAACAGCAUUUAGCUUCUUUGGAAGAGAAAAACAACUUUUUGCCUUCUUACAGUUUCCAGCAUGCAUUGAUUCCCUCCAUACCAAAUACUCCAGUUGUGAAAGCUUCAGCAAGCGACGGUUGGUUUGAAGGUAAUAUAACUCUAUUACAUGAGUAUGUCAAGAAUAUUUGAGGUCAGGAUUAGAAUCUUUAAAUCUUCAGCUGCUUAACCACCUACUCUGCUACCACUUGGUAAAGCAGAGUCUUUGGCCCAGAAAUUUCAUUUAUAGAAAUUUAUCCAACAUAUAUAUAUUCAU